CCGCCUCGGCUCACGAGCCGCGCCGCAGGGCCGCCCCGCGCGCCCGCCGUGGCUCCGACGCUGGCGGCGAUGGUGCGCCCCCGCCUGCGCCUCGCGCGGUCGCUGGGGGCGCCUUCGCUCGCGGGCCCCGCCGCCGCUGAGCGCGGCCUUGGCGCUCGAGGAGCUGGAGGCGCGUCGCCGCCGCCGUGGAGGCCGCGGGGCAGGUGGGCCGCAGUCGUGGCCGCGCGGGCGCGCCGUGGAGCGGAGACCGCGCGUCACCGGCCAGAGCACUGGGCAGUGCGCCUCGCCGCGGCGCUGCUGGUGGCCCCUGCCGCGGCCGGCCUGGAGGCGGAGGGCGCGCUGCACCGCCUCCUCCCGAUGCCCGAGGCCCCCGUUGUGGGCUCCAUCUGCCUCGACGACCGCGUCGUCAUGAUGGCGGAGGGUUGA